UAGUGGCCUCCACUUUCCUUGCUGUGACUGGUGCUUCUCCAAAUAUUUCUCCCUCAUUUGCUCACAUACCCAACUUCUCCUCUCUCAAAAACUUUAGCCCAUCCUAUUACCCCACUCUCCACUGAAAGACCUUUGUAUCUUCCUUUUCUUCAUUGGUCGCACGGCUGAUCAGACUCUACUUUUUAUCAUUCUUCCAAUAUCUCUUCUCUUUUCCACAAGCAAGAAUUUUAUUACUUCCAAUCCUUUGUUUGCAUUACUUCCCUUACCCACACAACUCUUGAUUUUCUUUCUCUUUCUUGCUUGGUCCUUUUCGGCGGAAUCCCAAAUCGGAUCUCUCUCUUUCUUCCCCUGUUGACGAAGAAAAUAAGAAGAAGACGAGGGGGAUCAUUGAUGCAAGGAGGAAGAAGAAGAAAAGAUGCUUCUAGGUUGUCUUUUUCUAGAAGAAGAGGGGGAUCAUUGGUGCAGGGAGGAAGAAGAAGAGGAGAUGCUUCUAGGUUGUCUUUUUUGAGAAGAAGAAGAAGAGGGGGAUCGUUGAUGCUGAGAGAAACAAGAAGAGGAGAUGCUUCUGGGUUCUCCUUUUUUCUCGGGCCCUUUUCGGCUGAAUCCCAAAUCCCGAUCUCUCCCUUUCUCAUGCUUUUAGAUCGAUUUGACCUUUCUCACCAGUCUGCGUUCAUCUUCAUCUACAUCGAUUCAAUCUUUCUCAUCCGUUGGCGUUCGUCUUCUUCUAUCAAUCCAUCACCAACCUCUUCUCUUACCCCAGUGAAGAGGGCGAACCCGGUAUGCCGUUAGUCAGGGCGCCGUCCUCCCCAUUGCCAAAAUGCCCUGGCCGCCAUCACGCGGGCAGUGCAAUCGAACCCGCCAAUCCUCGCAUGAAAGGUCACUACCCGUAACGAAGAAGAAGAGAGAAGUUGUUGGAGAAAAGGAAGAAUAUAAAGAGGAAAUGGUCACAAAGUCAGCAACAGAGUGAGAAGAACGUCAAAUGAAUUGGUGGGUCUGCAGGCAAAAGAGGACGCCGGUCGAUGGCAAAAUGAAGGGUGGCUGGGAAGGAACUGGGUUCGUCAAGAACGAACGAAUAAAGCAGAAAGGAAAGGCCACAAAACUCCAGAUCGAUCCCGUUACCUACUGCGAACAUAGUGGGCGAGCCUUCCCCUGGCUUCCCGUCCCCUCGGAUUUGCCGGCUUGACCCCAAGUUCCUCCUUUUGCUUAUGUUGCUGGUUGGUAUCCCUCUCUUUUCAAUUCCUGUUGACGGUAAUUUUCUGCUAUUUUUUCCCCAUUCGAAGUACCUUUUAGCGAGGCAAUGGAAAAGGAUAGGAGAAGGAUAGAGACGUGAAUACUAGCAUAGUCAAUGGAGAGGCAUGGUGAGUUGCAGCCCACGAGGGUCUAAGUUUCUUAGUUGAAAAGUGGGAUUCUGAAUUCAGGGGAACAAUUACAGAACAAUGAAACUACCGCCAUCAUGAUCUUUUCGUAGGAUGCAGCAAAAACCAGCCCUCAGUUUUAAUAACCUGGAAUGUGAGGAAACAUGAUAAUAUAUUUGGGAAAGAAAGAGAACUUUGGUGACGAUCGAUCGUUCUUCAACACAUAUGUUAGCAUUUUCUAUCCCGUAAACAGCUUCAUGAGUCAUAUAGAAGAAGCUAGCAUAUAUAUAAAUACACCCUGCACACGUUCCUCAUACUUCUGCAGCCUUGGAAACAAAUAAGCUUAUGAUCAGUAAGGAUGUUGUUAUAUUUAAUUGUAGUCUUGAUUCUGUUUAACUUGAUCUCGGUAAGCCGUCAUAGGGACGAGCUGCACCCAGUUCAUUGUGAGAAGUGACCCAUGACCUGUGAUGGUUUCUUAUUUUAGGUUAGGUGGAAGUUUCAUAAUAAUGAUUAGUUAGUUUAACAAACUGCUUCGUUCAUGAUUGUAGUUAGUUCCAACGUCAUUCUAGCCAUUGUUUCGUUUGUAAUUUCGACCAUUGAAGGUGUGACCGUGUGAGGAAUGGCUUUACAUGAGCUUUUACAGUUAUUUCUGUUCUUAUGGCUUUCGGUGCCCUUUGUUAUGUAUUCAGUUUCAUACUCUAAUUGUAUAUUUGUACAUUAGGCAAAUCAUGCUCGAGAUAACAGCUCGCUGGUGACGCUGCUGCAAGAAAGGAAGCCAUCAAUGAAAUUCAGACCGACAACGGGAGGGAUGCUGAGGACCAGUUCAAUGAUGAUGUUUGGUUGGCAGUAGACAAUUGUUCUUUGCUUUUCCCUCUACAUGACAAGUUAAUUAUUUCUGGUUUAUUUGUUGGUUUGUGAAGAAGGAUAAGAUGGGGGAACAGGCAGGAGAUAUGGAGAGAACUUCUUGCCGCUAUUACGAUGGAUUGAAGAAAGAACUUGGAGCACUGAAAGUAAACUUUCUUUAGUUUAUUCUUCUGCUCUCUUAUCAUGUCCAUUGCUAUUGUCACCACCCUUGAAAGUAAACUUUCUUUAGUUUAUUCUUCUGCUCUCUUAUAUUAUGUUUGUUGCUUUCCAUAUAAACUGCCAUAUUUAUUUUCUUUAAGUAACCUAAACUUCCAUUCAACUUCAUGUUAGAAGGCUGCUAUUGUAAUGUGUUUCUUUUGGUUAGCUUUAGACUGCUAUUUAAUUAAAUAUGAUAUUGACCAUUAUCACCUCUCUUCUGAUUGUCUUUGUUUUUUAAACCCAUAGUGUCUCAUUAGGGAUUUCCUUUGUAAUUACUUCUGCAUGAAAGAUUGACAAGAAAAUGGGGUUAAGAUUGACACGUCAUGAACUUAACUCGCUAAAUAUAACAAUUGAGACUAAAAGUCAAACUCAUUUGGUGAUUUAAACGUCACCGAAUAAAGUGGUCACUUGCAGGUACUACUGUAUGCUGAAAAACGUUUUAGACUUAACUUUUUCAGGCCUUGAUGGUUUUAAGUUUGAUAUGCACACGCGAUGUAGCAUGUAUGUCAAAUGUCUGUGAAUACCACAAUUAGAAAAACUAACCUAUGUCAGAUGCUUGAGAAUACUGCUUUGAUUGCACAUGUUAAUCUAUAAUAAAUCCUCACAUCUUCAUGAUGAUGUUCCCUAACCCGUGCCUUUUACCAUUGUCAUUGUUUUCUUUUCUUUUACCUGCCAGGUCAUGCUCAAUAUGAGAAUUCUGACCUGUCAAUAACAUAUAAUUUCCUUUUCAGUUGAUUCAUUUAUCUGUGACCAUCGGCAGCAUCUUACAUCCAUUGGUUGAAAUAUUUGUUUGCCUUGCCAUUGAAGUAUAGAUGAUGGACCUGAAUGAGUUUUACUUGGUUGUCUGUUUUAAUUUAUUAUUUGCUUUCUGAAGCUAAUAACCAUACUCAUUGCAAGUAUAGUUUUAGUGUUCCGACUGCAUUAAUUGUUUAACAGGUUGCUUUUUUUACUUGCUGUUCUGAUUGCAAGUCUUUGUGUUCUUGGGAUCUGAUUUAUUGUCAAUUGCAGCUUUCAGCAUUACCAUUAUAACUACCACAAGCUCUGUAAUGAGGAAAGUUUGCAGAUUAUCCAGCAAGGGAAAAGGAAGGUAAGUAGCUGUAUUUUCUUUAUUUGUUAUGGUUAAAUAUAUCUCUCUCUUCCAUAUCUCUUGAAUUUAAAAAAAAAAACUGGAUUCACCAGUGGUUCAGAGGAGUUUUAUGAUGCUUGCUUAGCUCUUCAUUUGCCUUUUCAAAGUGAACAGAAUGGCAAUUGUUAGGGAAGGAUUGAGUACUAACUUCUUUUCAGUGUUUAUUCUUUGUUGUGCAUUCAGGAACGAGUGAUGUUGGGAGGAGUGCCUCUCCCUAAAAUGAAAGUAGUCAACUUCUUUAGUUCGUGUAUGUUAUUACCUAUGAUUAUAGCUAUCAAUAGCGGUGAUGGUACACUAAUUUGUUUAUGUUAUGUUAAUAAUUAUGAUAUAAUAGUUAUCGUCAUCUAUUCAGUAUUUAUAGUAAAUUAGAGUACAUAAUUACUAUUAGUAAUUAUGUACUCUUUUCAGCUCAACCUUUUAUUUCUUUUUUCAUGCGCGAAGCGUAGCGAGCGGGUCAUUGCUAGUAUACCUCUAUUUGUGAUUUACAUAUGAAGUACAUAAUUUACAUUCGAGAAAUAAUGUUUAUGUGUUAACUGCUGUAAGUUAUGUAGAUUUACCGACUGUAACUACCUAUAUAAGAUUGAUCCCUCUUCGACGAGUUUCCUGAUCCGUUCUUUGUUGUUGUUGUUGCUGCUGUUAUUGUUUCACCAGGUGACGGUGAUGCAACCGCUACUUGUGGGAUGCUGGCUUGCUGAAGUGGAGGCAAAAAUAUAUAGUCGUUUUUUUGUUUUGUCGCACUUUCUGGAUUUGGUACUUAUGUUUGCUCCUCUAAUCAGGAUGGUGGAGAUGACAUUUGUGUUUGUUGGUGGUUAUGUUUGCUCCUCUAAUCAGGAUGGUGGAGAUGACAUUUGUGUUUGUUGGUGGUUGGAUUAUGGAAAUCUUUGAAUUGUCGGCAGUUGGGUUUUGUUUAACACUACAUUUGGUUGUGAUCUUGGUUUGCUUUUCUCGGGCUUUCAAGUUUUUGUUCUUUUUUAAGAUUGAGUGGCUAGAUCAAUGGGAAAGCAUUCUCUUGGUACGAGUUAUUCCAAGAUGUAAGCAUGUUGUGAAAUGAACAGGAGAACAAUUGUCUGAGGGGGUUGGGGUUUGACUUUGAUCCAUGGUUAUAUUUCUGGUUUGUUCAUGGAUGUGAAUGAAUAAGAGCUCGGAUAUGCUGCAAAGGACUUGCUCUUGCAGUUUGAAGCCUGUGCCUGCAGAUUAACUCAACCUUCAAAGUUAAACAGUGAAGCAAGUGAUGGGAUAGGAAAACUAUCCUAUUAGAAUGAGUCAAUACAAUAUCCUUCUCUCUACUAUCGGUCUGCUUUCGUUUCAUGAUGAUUCUUCCCUUGAUAAACUAUUCCGAUUAGG